UCAAGUGAAGCCCAUUGUCACUGCAGCCGGGCCUAUAAAAGCCAAGUUGACGGACGGCAGUCACCACUCAGCCCAACCUCUCCUCUCUGCUGCAUCAUCAACUGGCCCGCCAGCCUUCUCACCUGGUAAAGAACAUGUCGCUGUCAUCCAUCCUUUCCGCUGAUGCCAUCGGCAGUGCGAUCAAGGACUGCCAAGGGCCCGAGUCUUUCUGCCCCAAGAAGUUCUUCCAGGUGUGCGGCCUGGCCAUGAAGAGCCCGCAGGAUGUGAAGAAGGUUUUCGGCAUCCUCGACAACGACGGGAGCGGUUACAUUGAAGAAGAGGAGCUCAAGUUUUUCCUCCAGAGGUUUUGUCCCACCGCCCGGGUCUUGACAGAGAAAGAGACCAAGACCUUCCUGAGCGCCGCCGAUGAAGACAACGACGGCCGCAUUGGACUCGAAGAGUUCCAAGCUAUGGUGCGGUCCUAAACACGUGCGACCCUUUUUUUUCAGCUGUCUCUCAUUUUACACGGCAUCAAGAAGUCCCUUAAUUCAACCAUCCGGUCAACAUCAUCAUCACUGGGCCCGCCCACUUUUUGUCUGAAGGAUUUACUGUCCCCAAAGAAAUGCUAAAGUCACCUAAUAUACCCAGAGAAAUAAAAAUGAUAAAACCAGUGCA